CCGAAGAUGCAGCAGUAGCCCCGCCUCCUUCUGUUUAGUUUUGCAUAAUGAGCAUGUGACCCUAUAAACAGAGGCGGUGCAUGAGUUCAUUGCCUGCCUAACGGUUUUUAGCGGUUGGCGCAUGGUGUUUUUAAAUUUUUGGUCUCUUUCUCUUGGUUCUCUCUUUCAGGUUGGGGCUUUUGGUGGUGCUUAUAGUCAGAAGCUUCUGGGAAAACAUCACAUCAUCCCACCUAAAGGAUUUGGGCUAAGCGAAGGGAAAACGUUCCCGUGCCAAUUACCAAAUUGUUUAUCAGGUGCUGAAAGUGAGACAGUCAUGAUGGAUGGUGGUAGUGGGAUCCCUAUCCAGGAUCUCUGUGAGGAAGCCACUUGUCCCAUCUGCCUGGACUAUUUCAAGGAUCCAGUGACUUUGGAAUGCGGGCACAAUUUCUGCCAAGGCUGCCUGAGGCGGUGUUGGGAGGAGACAGAGGCAGAGGCCUCCUGCCCUCAGUGUAGAGAAAAAAUUCAGCAACGGCAUCUCCGGCCAAAUCAGCAGCUGUCAAACUUUGUAGAAAUCACCAAGAAACUCAAAGGUCAGGGAGCCAAGGGAGAUGAAGGCAACUGCGUUCUCUGUAACUGCGAGAAACACCAGGAGCCCCUCAAGCUCUUCUGUAAGGACGAUGAAACCCCGAUCUGUGUGGUGUGUGACAGAUCCAAGGAGCACAAAAACCAUGAAGUAGUUCCUGUGGAAGAGGCUUCCCAAGAGUACAAGGACCAAAUCUGUAACUGCCUGGAGAGUCUGAAGAAGGAGAGAGAAGACAUUCAGGCCUCCAAAGCAGCUUCAGAAAAGGAAAGCCAAGACUUGCUUAAGCAGAUAGAAGCAGAGAGGCAAAAGACUACAGUAGAGCUCAGAAAAUUACGCCAGUUUUUGGAUGAACAGGAGACACUUCGGCUUGCCCAGAUGGAAGAACUGGAGAAGGUGAUAAUCCAGAUAAGAGAAAAGAACUUGGCCAGCCUCUCUCAGGAACUCUCCUCUCUUGAAAGUCUCAUUCAGGAGAUGGAGGAGAAGCAUCAGCAGCCAGCAAGUAAACUCCUUCAGGAUGUGAGAAGAAUUUUGAUGAGUACUGAGAAAAGAGAGAACCUGGAAAAAACUGUGGCUUUUCCUCCUUGGCUGACAUGGAUGAUUUCAGACAUCUUUGAUAUAAGUCCCUUCUUAGAGAUUGUCUUGAAGCAACUCAAAGAUACUUUUUUCUCCAGACCUCCCUUGCAGAAAGCAAACAUAACUCUGGAUCCAGACACAGCUUUCCCACAGCUCGUUGUUUCUGAGGAUUGCAAGAGUGUGACAUGUGGUGACAAACCUCGAGACCUGCCUGAUUUUCCUGAGAGAUUUGACAAGUGCGCUUAUGUGCUGGGUUGUGAGGGAUUCACAGCUGGUCGGCACUUCUGGGAAGUCUUUGUGGAAACAGAGGAAGAAUGGGCUGUGGGGGUGGCUAGGAAGUCUGUAAGAAGAAAGGGCUGUGUCAGCAUAAGCCCAGAAGAAGGGAUCUGGGCUGUGGGGAAGUGGGAUGGUGCCUACAGGGUCCCUGACUCACAUGCUCAGUCUGUUCUGUCCCUGAGGAGGGAGCCCAAGACGAUUGCAGUCUCUUUGAAUUGCGCUGGGGGAAGGGUGGCCUUUUAUGAUACUGAUACGAGAGUCCUUCUUCACAUAUUCUCUGGGGUCUCAUUCUCAGGAGAGGCCCUUCUCCCUUUCUUUUGGCUGCGGGGACAAAGAGCCAACAUCCAGAUCUCUUUCCUUUGAACCAAUAACUCCAAACAUCAGGGCCAGGGCUUGAUGGCAUACUUGCAAGAGAAUGAGGUUUGCAUGUCCUGAAUACAAAUUCUGAGUCCAGGAAAACUAUAUGUGUUUAUGUUGAGAACACUAAUUCUGUUACAGUUACAUUCUACAGUGCCUUCUGUGCCACAUAUGAAUGCCCAAUAUUUGACUUUUUGUACAAAAAUUGCCCUAUACCUGUGUUAAUUGUGAUGUGUCUUGCCAUGUUGUUAUCCUGUAAUAACAGAGCCUCCAGCUAGGAUUCACUCCAACCUUGGCAGCUGAUGCUGUGUUAAGAGAUAGUCAUAAGGUUAGCAGACAAGGCUGGAUGAAAAGAGACCCAGCUGGGUUUCCUGGCUUCUUUCAGGCAUGCUACCUGGUCAAUCAGAUCAGGCAUCACUUCCUAGAGCCAUCUUUCUUGUACUCCAGGGAUGGGCAAAUGCAGUAGAGUCAGGCGGCUGCAUUUGGGUUUUGGGAACUAGAGGGCUUGCCCUUUUAAUUUUUUAAACAACUCCUUAUUUUAAUUAGCUAAUUUAAUUGCUUCCAUUUAAUUAAUUUUACCUCUUUUCUUAAAGUAGAAAAAUACAGUACUUUAAAAACAUUUCAAUACCAUAGGACAUUUUAAUUGUCUCCCACUAUAAAUAAUUUCUCUCACUGUAUUUAACGAUUGGUAAAUUCUUGGCUUAUUUAGAGAAGUAUGAGGGAUGCAUUUUAGCUUUUACAUAAUGCUGUUAAUAAAAAAUGGUCUUAUAUGAAACAGGGGUUAUGGUAGAAAAAAAUUGCUGGGUUUUUAAGGGAGCAGAGUUUUUCAGUGGUGGCUUGGAAAAGAUGAACCGUUUGUCUCCCUGAAAUUUUUGAUUGGUGUCUUCUUAAGGCAGUGGAGUAGGUCUGCCUUAACAGGCCUUGUCUUCAGAAAAAGAGGAACUAUAAACAAGUACCUUAACACUUUUCACUGAAGCUGCAACCAUCAGCUCACCAGCCUGUCGGUUUACAGGGACAAAGGCUGCUACAUCUAGCCAGAUUUUUGGACUUCCCCCCGUCCUUCAGAUUUUGCACCAUCUAAGUCUAGAAAAUAGUUUUGGAAAGCCCCUGCUAGAAAAACUGACUUCCCCAUUCAAAAAAGCUUACAAACAUAAGUUUGAGGCAAUUUAGUAGCCUUUUACUUCAUUUGCUUAGAAAGACUUCACAAAGCCAUCUCCCAGCAACUGGACUGUCCUCUUGAUUUACAAGCUAUUUUUCUUUAGUUCAUGUUGUUAUCUUUCCCACAUUGAGUUGCAUUGUUACUGUCCUUAAUUAAUAUGCUCAACUCCGUUUUCCUAUGUUCUGUCUGUAGCUACAAUUUCAAAUAUAGUUUUUAAAAACAGGUUGUUGAAAACUCCAAGCUUGCAACAUUUGUGAUGUUUGGGUUAGUCAAUA